AUGCUCGGUACUUCAAUUGGUAAAAAAGUAGAUGCCAAUUUCGUUCGCAAAGGCUACCAAGAAUUUCUGACUAAAACCAACAAAUCGACUAUACAACGAGCAGCUCUACAGCCGAAACCGAUGAGUAAGGCGCAGAAGAGGGAAGAAAUGAGAAAGCGUGGCAUUUACGUCGAGGCCGAUAAUUCCGAAAACGACUAUUCAUUCAUGGAAAAAACAAAUACAAUGCAACGCCCAUACGUCUCUAGACUGAGAGUUUCAAAACUGCGAUGGAAGAAAAGUGAGAACAAGUCAGAAAUUGAUACUGCUAAGAGAACAAGAAGGAGGAAACGAACAAAGGCGAAAGAAAAACGAAGACGAUCCUCAACCGCUAGUGAGAAAUCACAACGUCAGACAACCUCAUCCACUGGACAGCCGUCCCGAUUGGAGCGUGAAACUGCUGCUUCAAAAAUGGAACCACCCACUGUAAUGACAACUACUGAAGAAGCUCCGUUGUCAGUUAUGAAUGCACCGAAUCUGGCUCGUUCGGAGGAAGUGGGUGCUUCUUCUGCAAUGCUACCUCCUACUGUCGUAAAACCACCUCAAGAAGUACCUCCGUCCUCAAUUAGGAAUGCUCCAGAAUUACCCUAUCCAGGAGGUGCUACCUCUUCUGCAAUGUUACCACCUUCCCUCGCAAACGCAACUUUAGAAGAAGGUCCGCCCUCCAUAAAAAAUUCUUCACAAUUACCUCAUCCAAAAGGCGAGUCUUCAAUCAUGCAAACGCCUUCGAUGGCAAUGGAUCCUAUAGACCGCGCGCGGUCAUCUACAACAGCUUCAUUGCUACCUUCUGAAGAUGUCACACAGGGAAGUGAACGUGGUGACGUGGGCAACUUAACACAAGGACAACUAACACAAGACAACAAUCGGUUAUCUCGAAGAAAAAGGAGUAAAUUUAGCAGUCGAAUACCAUCAAAUGAAACAGCACUAUCAGAAAUGGCAGAGAAGAUCCUUGCUGAUGUCACACAAGACUCAAAGGAGAUUGUAAAGGAACCCGAGGGUGUAUCUGGCGAAAAUGAACAGAUCGAAAAGCAACGAAAGAGAACUGAAGAGAAGAUCCUCGAAGAUGUCACGCAAGACUCAAAAGAGAUUAUAAAGGAACACGAGGGUACAUCUGGUGAAAAUGAACAGAUCGGACCGCAACCAAAGAGAAGUGAAGAGGGAGCAAAAAGGGACGGUCCCGAAUUCACUGCGCCAAAAAAACCUUCACCGAAAUCUAAACCCAAGAAAACUGCGGGUAGUUCUUCAGAAAAGGACCAAAGGGAGCAGUUGAAAAUCGAUUUUGGUAUCAGUACGAACAGCAGGGAGACGGAUUGUAGUUUUCCACAAGAAAUGGCAUCAGCCUCUGCCCUCAGCACCCCAUCAGACGAUCUUAGAAGUACCAGAGACGACGUAUUCUCCGCACUUGAAGAGGACGUAGACCUCACGAAAUGUUUGGGUGACUUCGACACAGAGAGCGUCGAGGGAGUUGGUGCCAGUGAUAAAAAAACAUUGGAAGCAGCAAAGAAGAUCCUCCGUAUCUCACACAAAGAAAAGGCAAUCGAAAAAACCCUCACAAAGGAAGAGAACGAGAUUAUAUCAAAGUUCUUCUCCGGAAAAAUACCUUACGACCAAACUGUACUGAAUGUGCUAGACCGCGUAUUGGAUAAGACUAUUGACUACCUUCAAACUCAUGGUACCACUUUAGAUCCAGAAACGAAACGACUUGUUGAAAAAAGAAAAAAGCUUAAAGCGGCAAUGCUCGAAACUAUGCUUACAACGCCCAAGUUCAUACCUAGCACCUGGGUUCAGCACUAUGAUAGGCUUCAUAAACAGGCGAUGCAAGAAACGACGGGCAUCAACUGGGCCAAGGUGCUACUAUUCUAUCCACGCCAACGAUCGUUUGAUGAUGGAGAAGCUGAUAUUUUCGGAAACUUUACAAGGAAUCGUAACAGGCAUUGGAUUAUAGGUUGCAUACUAGGUCCGAAUGAUUCGAAAUCGUUUGAAGAAACAGAAAGAGAAAAACAAUCAAAGAGUCUUUUCAUGGACACAUCAAUAAUGGAACAUGCAAAAAAUGACGGACCACUAACCAGUGCGGGGACAUCAACGGGCAGCCCUUCAUCAAGAAGAAACGAACUCAUUUCUUUGAAAACAACGUAA